UGUUAUCAUUUUGGUGUUGUUGGCAUGCUGACAAUAAGUCAGUGAAAAUUUAAUCACAUAAUAUCUGAUAUUUCUAUUUGGAAUUGGUAUCAAGUACCAGUAAAGAAGAAGUGUUAUGAUUUGCCAUUUACAUUCAUGAUAGUUCCUAAAUUUACUCUAAGGAAAUGCAGAAGACAGGAACCAGCAAGGAAAUGUUCAUCAUCAAGGCAUUGGAGAAAAUCCUGCAGGAGCGUGAGACCAAGAAGCCUCAUCACUCUCAGCUCAGAAAAGCCUGCCAAGAUGCUUUGGACGAGGCCAAGAAGCAGUGCCAGGCGAACGGCGAGCCGGCCGGCGACGGCAGCUCGGUGCUGCCGCUGCCUAAGCAGGACAGCACCGGCUUCCGCGCCGACAAGUACCUGCUGCCCUUCGAGCUCGCGUGCCAGUCCAAAUCGGCCAAGAUCAUCGUGACAGCACUGGACUGCCUUCAGAAACUGAUCGCGUACGGCCACCUGACGGGGGACGUGCCGGACCUGACGGCGACCACGGCCGGCCAGCGCCAGAUCGACCGGAUCGUGCAGACCAUCUGCGGCUGCUUCACCGGCGCCCAUACGGACGAGGAGGUCCAGCUGCAGAUACUCAAGGCGAUCCUGACGGUGCUCACCUCCCAGCACGUGGAGGUCCACGAGGGCACCGUGCUGCAGGCCGUCCGCACCUGCUACAACAUCUACCUGGCCAGCAAGAACCUCGUCUACCAAACCACAGCCAAAGCCACUCUCACGCAGGAGGAGCCGACCGAGCCGGCCGAGCCGGCCGAGGAGACGGACGGCCAGCCGGCGGCCGACGUCAGCGCCGAGGCUGUGGUCCGGCCUCUGCUGGACGAGCUGGUGGAUAGCGUGGUCCGCGCGGAGGCGGCGGCUACUGAGACGACGGCCUCUGUGAGCAGUGAGCCGCGAGAGAACGGCUCCGAACGCUCCAGCGGCCCGAACACGCCCAAACUCAACCGGCGACACUCGCAGGGCAGCGAAGACGCCAGCGAGAAUGACAUGAUGACGGCCAAGUUCUCGCACAUUCUGCAGAAGGACGCCUUCCUCGUGUUUCGCUCGCUCUGCAAGCUGUCCAUGAAGCCGCUGCCGGACGGCACGCCCGACCCCAAGUCACAUGAGCUGCGCUCCAAGGUGCUGUCGCUGGAGCUGCUGCUGUCGAUCCUGCAGAGCCCGGCCCCCGUCUUCACCACCAACGACAUGUUCAUCACGGCCAUCAAGCAGUACCUGUGCGUGGCGCUGUCCAAGAACGGCGCCUCUUCCGUGCCCGAGGUGUUCCAGCUAAGCCUGGCCAUCUUCCUGGCGCUGCUGGCCAACUUCAAGCAGCACCUAAAGAAGCAGAUCGAGGUGUUCUUCAAAGGCAUCUUCCUGAACCUGCUGGAGACGCCCAGCUCGUCGUUCGAGCACAAGUGGAUGGUGAUCCAGGUGCUGACGCGCAUCUGCGCCGACGCUCAGAGCGUGGUCGACAUCUACGUCAACUACGACUGCGACUUCGCCGCCGCCAACAUCUUCGAGCGGUUGGUCACGGACCUGAGCAAGAUGGCGCAAGGCCGCCAGAUCGGGCAGGAGCAGCUGGGCGUGACGCUGACGCAGGAGCGCAGUAUCCGGCUCAAGGCGCUCGAGUGUCUGGUGGGCCUGCUCAAGUGCAUGGUCGAGUGGAGCCGCGAGCUCUACGUCAAUCCGCACUCGCAGACCAACCUGGACACGGACCGGGAGGCGCCGGACGAGCCGGCGUCCACCUCGCUGACCACCUACGGCAGCCAGAGCAGUCUGCCCUCCAGCACGCCGCAGCAGUACGAGUCGCUCAAGCACAAGAAGGAGAUCUGGGAACAAGGCAUUGACAUGUUCAACCGGAAGCCGAAGCGCGGCCUGGCGUUCCUACAGGAGCAAGGUCUGCUGGAGGCGACGCCCGACUCUGUGGCCGCCUUCUUCCACGACGACCACCGGCUGGACCGGGCCGUGCUGGGCGACUACCUGGGCGACCCAGACCAGCAUAACCGGGAGGUGAUGUACGCAUACGUGGACCGGCUGGACUUCAACGACCGCGACUUUGUGGCGGCGCUGCGCCUCUUCCUGGACGGGUUUCGGCUGCCGGGCGAGGCGCAGAAGAUCGAUCGGCUCAUGGAGAAGUUCGCCAGCAGAUACUGCGAGUGCAACCCGAAUCAGAACAUCUUCGCCAGUGCGGACACGGCCUACGUGCUGGCCUACUCCAUCAUCAUGCUGACCACUGACCUGCACAGCGCUCAGGUCAAGCACAAGAUGACCAAGGACCAGUACAUCAAGAUGAACCGCGGCAUCAACGACAGCAAGGACCUGCCGGAGGACUACCUGUCACAGAUCUACGACGAGAUCGCCGGCAACGAGAUCAAGAUGAAGGUCACCGCCAGUGCCAAGCCCGGAAAACAAGUCGCCCAGAGUGAGAAGCAGCGGCGCCUCCUCUUCAACCUGGAGAUGGAGCAGAUGUCGCACGCCGCCAAGUCGCUCAUGGAGGCGGCCAGCCACGUGCAGGCGGAGUUCACGUGCGCCACGCACGUGGAGCACGUGCGGCCCAUGUUCAAGCUGGCGUGGGCGCCGUUCCUGGCGGCGUUCAGCACGGGGCUGCAGGACUGCGACGACCCGCUGGUGGACGAGCUCUGUCUGGACGGCAUCCGCUGUGCCAUCCGCAUCGCCUGCAUCUUCCAGAUGAAGCUGGAGCGGGACGCCUACGUGCAGGCGCUGGCUCGCUUCACCCUGCUCACCGCCAACGCGGCCAUCACCGAGAUGAAGGCCAAGAACAUCGACACGAUCAAGACGCUGAUCUCGGUGGCGCAGACGGACGGCAACUACCUGGGCAGCUCUUGGCUGGACAUCCUGCGCUGUAUCUCGCAGCUCGAGCUGGCGCAGCUGAUCGGCACGGGCGUGCGGCCGCAGCACCAGCACCAGCACCAGCAGGCGCGGGGCCGGGCGCCCGACGGACACCGCUUCCACUUCCUGGAGAGCAUCGACUUCACCGGUACAGCCGAGCGACGUAUGGCAAGCGUGGUGGAGUCGAUGGGCGAGACCAACUCCCAGAGCGUGGUGGUGGCCGUCGACCGUAUCUUCACGGGCUCCAUACGGCUGGACGGCGACGCUGUGGUCGACUUCGUGGACGCCCUCUGUCACGUGUCACGAGACGAGCUGGCCCAGGCCCAGCCGCGCAUGUUCUCCCUCACCAAGCUGGUAGAGAUAUCCUACUACAACAUGGGCAGGAUCCGUCUGCAAUGGUCCAGGAUCUGGAAGAAACUCGGAGAGCACUUCAACCGCGUGGGAUGCAAUCCCAUGGAAGAGAUAUCGUUCUUCGCCGUGGACUCCUUGCGGCAGCUGUCCAUGAAGUUCAUCGAGAAGGGGGAGCUGGCCAACUUCCGGUUCCAGAAGGACUUCUUACGGCCGUUUGAGUACAUCAUGAAGUCCAACAGGUCGCCCACCAUCCAGGACAUGGUGGUGCGCUGCGUGGCUCAGAUGGUCAACUCGCAGGCUCGCAACAUCCGCUCCGGCUGGAACAACAUCUUCAGCGUGUUCCACCUGGCCGCCUCCGGUCACGACGAGAACGUGGUGGAGCUCUCCUUCCAGACCACCGGCUCCAUCAUCUCCACCGUCUUCGAGAACCACCUGGCGAUCGUGAUCGACAGCUUCCAAGACUCGAUCAAGUGUCUGUCGGAGUUCGCGUGCAAUGCACAGUUCCCGGACACCAGCAUGGAGGCGAUCCGGCUGAUCCGCAGCUGCGCCCGCUACGUGGCCGACUCGCCCCACCUCUUCCGCGACCACAACAUCGAGGACAAGACCAUCCCCGAGGAGGACCGCGUGUGGGUGCGCGCCUGGUUCCCGAUCAUGUUCGAGCUUUCCUGCAUCGUCAACAGGUGCAAGCUGGACGUGCGCACGCGCGCGCUGACAGUCAUGUUCGAGAUCAUCAAGACGUACGGCAUGACGUACCGUCAGCACUGGUGGAAGGACCUCUUCCAGAUCCUCUUCCGCAUCUUCGAUAACAUGAAGCUGCCUGAGCAACAGUCAGAGAUUUUCGUGCAUCCCGACAACCAGCUGGAUAAGGCCGAGUGGAUGACGACCACGUGCAACCACGCGUUGUACGCCAUCAUCGACGUGUUCACCCAGUACCACGACACGCUGCAGCCCAUUCUGCUGGAGCCGCUGUACUCCCAGCUGCACUGGUGUGUCCGGCAAGACAACGAGCAGCUGGCCCGCUCCGGCACCAACUGCCUGGAGAACCUGGUGAUCUCGAACGGCGUCAAGUUCCGGCCGGAGACCUGGGACCAGACGUGCGCCUGCAUGCUGGACAUCUUCAACUCGACCAUCCCGCACCAACUGCUCACCUGGCGGCCGGGCAAGCCCGGGGACGCGGCCGCCGAGCCCAAGAGCCCGCUGGAGCCCCCGGCUGAGAUCAUGAGCCGGGCCGACAGCAUGCACAGCAUCAACAGCAUUGGCUCCUACAGCAACGACGACAAGAACAGGAAGAUCAUGAAGAUGAAGGUGCACCAGGACCACGAUCUAUUCGCCAGCCUGCUGAUCCGCUGCGUGGUCCAGCUGGAGCUGAUCCAGACCAUCGACAACAUCGUCUUCUUCCCCACCACCUCGCGCAAGGAGGACGCCGAGAACCUGGCGCUGGCGCAGGCCGAGGCGCUGCGCCAGCGUCUCUCGGACGACGCCCAGCAGCGCGAGGACCAGGGCAUGUACCCCUACCUUAGCGCCGGACAACUGUUCCAGCUGAUCGACUGCCUCAUGCAGAGCCACCGCUUCGCCAAGAGGUUCAACGCAGACCACGAUCAGCGCAAUCUGCUCUGGCGGGCAGGCUUCAAGGGCAACGCCAAGCCGAACCUGCUGAAGCAGGAGACGCAGAGCCUGGCGUGCGCGCUGCGCAUCCUGUUCCGGCUGUACGCCGACGAGCAACGGCGGCCCGGCUGGCCGCAGGUGGAGCAGCGGCUGAUCGCCACGUGCCGCGAGGCGCUCGAGUACUACCUGUCGCUGCAGUCGGAGGCGCACCGCGACGCCUGGGUGGCGCUGCUGCUGCUCUUCCUCACGCGCGUCCAGAAGAUGGACGAUGAGCGGUUCCGGGCGCACGCCUCCAACUACUACCCACUGCUCUGCGAGGUCAUGUGCUUCGACCUGAAGCCCGAGCUGCGCGCCGUGCUGCGCAAAUUCUUCCUGCGCAUCGGACCCGUGUUCGGCAUCACCCCGCCGGCGACCACGUGACUGGCCGCAGCCAGUCAGCGGUAGCGAGCGGCGAGGGACGCUUCUGAUUGGCCGGCGGGCCUGGCGCCGGAAGUCGCGGGACGCUGAGCUUGGCGUCGGGAGAGGCUGGAGAACGCCUGUGAUUGGUUGUAGCCACAGAACUGAGCGCAUCGCCAGAUGGCGGUGGGCACGCGUGUGAUUACGUCACCUGUACAUACCUAAAUAUCCCCGAUAGUGCCUGAGAAAGUCAGAUACGGCGUCCAUUUGACGGGGUUCAAAUGAUUAUGUUUAUGUUGAUUAUACUGGUGAUUAUGCUGGUGGGGUCGCCAGUCGCGUGAUGCCCGGCCAUCGUUAGUUGAUUCAGUGGACGGUAUUUAUUGGUCGUGCGGGCGGGCGAAUAGUCGGUAGCGCUCCGUCCAGUUACGGCCGGCCAGCGACCCCGCGCCGCCGGCCCGACAGCGUCCAGGACAUCGUGCAAUGUUGCCUUCAGCGAAUAGUGUUGUUAUCUCGGCACGUGACACGCACGUGCACUGACGCGAGGGCCGCCGCAGUUCGAACAAAGUGCGUGCCCCACCGGUGCUGCCAGCUGUUCCGGGGGAGGGGGGGGGGGGGGGGGGCGAGACCCGCCACCUCCCGGACGCUCCUGGACGGCACGCUCCGCCGGCCGAGCCGGCUCGCCCGGUCGUCGCCGGUCGUCCGUCGCUGGUCAUGACAGGCGGCGUCCAGCGUCGUCCGCGGCGCACGGCGCACGGCGCCGGCCCGGCGUAGGGUCUGUGUCUCACCCCGUCUGUCCGCGUCGGCCGGACCUCUGGCGUAGGUCUGACCCCUGGCGACGUCUGGCCGUGACAAACAGGGCAUGCGGACGGGUCCACACAUCGAGAGCAGGCACGAGCGCCAGCUGCUGCGUGUGCUGUACAGGAUGCCUUAUAGCCUGGUAUCGCAUCACUCUCCGUUAAACACAUGGUAGACGUGGGGUACGCGUACAAGUCGCUAUCGAAACCGGCGAGGCACGCGUACGGUGACCCGGUUGUCCCGUCUUCAUCUGACCGAUGUAGCCGCGGGCCUGUGAGCCGGCGAGCGUGUCCGGUCCCCGCUGUGGCCGCCAUGUGUGCCGCCUCACCUCGCUCGCGAUCGUGACGCGUCCGACCGGUGCCCCUUGCCGAGGAGGGCUGCCCUCCGUGGGGCGCCGGUCGACGGUCCGGCGCUGCUCGGCGUGCGCCCCGCAGCCGGCCAAGGCCUGGACGAAGAGUGUCCAGCCCGGCGGCCGGGAAGACGAGCGAUGCGGCGGCGCUCCGAACAUUCCUCCGUAGCGGGUAACCGGUGGAUCACGUGUGGGCGGAGAUCGUUGGCGGCACGUGCCGGGUACGAAGGAAAUAAA